AUGAACACUAGCGAACAAUUGGCUGCUCUGGUAAAUAUAUUCGAAUUUAAUAUCGUUUGUGUUUUUUGAUGAUUGUUUUUCACGUGUCAUUCUUACUUUCAGGAAAGUGAACGUGUUAUUCACCAGCUACUUCACUUAGAUGGUUCACCUGGAUCAAACCCAAAUUUCAAUUCACCUCACGCCACGUUUAAUGCACCUGGUAAAACCUAUAGUCACAUUGUGUUCAGUAUAGUUCACAUUUGUGUUCAAGCGGUUUGAUAUCAAUUGGGACGCAAGUUCUGUUUCAGACUCCUGUCACAAGUACUAAUUAUUUUGUUAGUUUUUAUUGUUCUAGUGUCAGUUGUAAUUGUAAAUUUUUCUAUGUAAAUGUGACAAAUUCAUUAAUAAACUAACUAAAACUAAGUUUUGGAUAUAAAUAUAUUUGGUUUCGAAAUAAUGAAUAGAUGGCCCAAAUGUGGUGUAUUUUCCCGCACGUAAUACAAAUUAAUACAAAAUUUGCAAAUUUCGCAGGGUAUAUUUUCCGCAUCUUGCAACAUUUCGCGGCCAAACUUUGGAAUUUUACUAAUUCUAAAGAGUCCUGGUCAACCACAAUGCAAUGCGCGCUUUUGUUUAUGUUUUCCUGUUACUUUUCUCAAUUGUUGCCGCCAUUUUCGAGGCCACAAAAAUGGCUGCCUCUGGCCCACAAUGUAACAGAAACGUAAACAAACGCACGCAUUGCAUUGUGGUUGACCAGGACUCUUUAACAUGCUCUUCUAGCUGUGGUGAUGAAUUUUGUUCUUCUUGUCUGGAUCAAAAUUUAGUCUGUAGCUGGAAUCAUCCAUUAACGUUCUUCUUUUUCAGGUAAUGCUUUUCAGAUGCCUGCCUUGUCACCAACCUCUCCUAUAUCUCCAAGGUGAUUAUGUGAAAAUUAUGUUGGGGGGGUGAUGGUGAUAACGAUGGUAGUGAUGAUGGUAAUAAUGAUGGUGAUAGUGAGCGUGGUACCAUAGAGAUUCAGAUUUGACUUCCACUACCUCUAACUGGCUUAAUCGAAUAUAUCAAACGCAUCUGUUUGGCUGAUGGUCCAUUAACGGUAGUGGAAGUCAAAUCUGAAGCUCUAGAUCUAUAUUGGUGGUGAUGAGGGUGAUGGUUGUAGUGGUGGUGAUGGUACUGAUAAUGAUGGUGAUUGUAGUGAUAAUGAUUGUCGUAGUGAUGAAUGUAGUGAUGAUGGUGGUACCCUCUAUACCACACCAGAUUACCCGCUUAUCUCUUGCGGUUUUAUUUAUAUUUUAGUAAUCCAUCUGGAUUGUUGGCCAUAGCAUGUCUUCAAAAUCGUUGGCCACAACCUACAUUUAGUCAUCACCGCACAGGACAGGUACUGACAUAGCAUGACACAUAUUAGACACUCUCUUAUCUCCAAUUACAUACAAUCUGCAUUGAGGAGGGCUACCUUUGCCAAAUGUCGGGUCGCCAUGGUAACCAUGGUAACCACCAUCAGAAUGGUAACCUGGUGCCCGCUCAUUUCAACCCCAGUACACGACUUUAUAUAAUACUGAUCCAAAUUUGUUCUUGCAGCAUUUUAUCACCACAGUAUGUGUGGCUGGAAAGGUGUUUCAGGGAUUACGAUUGACAAUUGAAGAGGCUACUGAAAGUGCCGCACAAGCUGCUUUGACGGUAUCAAGACCUUUGUUUUUAACUGCAACGUCAAUCUCACAUGAGACGAAUGCUUCCAGUUUGACUCUACCAUUAAGGCUGAUUUCUACUGUUGCGUUUUUCGUACGCACGUACGCGCACGUAAAACUUUGAAUCGUUCUAUUUUUUAAAUAUUUUACAAAUAAGUUAACAAAUGCAUACUAAAACAUGCGGAACGCUAAAUUCUGUCGCUUUAUUUAUUUGGUUAUUUCAUAAGUAACAUUUAAACGGAUUUAAAGUUUUACGUGCGUAUACGUACGUAUGAAAAACGCAACAGUGAAAAACAGCCUUUAAGGCUGUUUUAGUAUGCAUUUGUUAACUUAAUUGUAAAAUAUUUAAAAAAUAAAACGAUUCAAAGUUUUACGUGUGUGUACGUGCGUACGAAAAGCGCAACAGUGGAAACCAGUCUUUAGACAAAGCUGGCUAACGUUUGUUUAAAUCCAAUUCACAAUUUUACAAAACUCAUAUGUCUAGUUACUAUUGUUCCAGAAUACAGAGCCAUAAAAUACAACAAAGGUAACUAAGCUUUAGAAUUAUCUACAAAUGUUUCUGUAAACUAGAACAAUAUCUCUAUCUUUACGACCGUUACGACCAUAUGGAAACCUGGCUUAAAGCCGGGUUCACACUAGCAAUUUUGUCGGUGUUUCGGACGGAUGCAAAUGAGUGAACUCGCACACAAAAGUAUAGAGUCGCUUUUCAGAAGUAAACAAUUCUUUUGCAUGUCAUCAUGUCAGAAAAAUCGCCUACAAAUUUGCUAGUGUGAACCAAACUUACGCCCGUAUUCUAUAAAAGCUUUCUCACACUCACACUUAGUGAGUGGAGGUUCAGUCUGAGCUUCUCUUGUGUGUCAAUGCUGUUUUUGAAUAGCUGGAGGGUUAGUGUCGUACCUUACUAUGUGUCUACUCACCCUCCAGCUAUCCAAAAACAGCAUUGACACACAAGAGAAGCUCAGAUUGAACCUCAACUCAUUGAGUGUUGGUUGGGAAACUCUUGACCAACGUCGUGCUAAACAGCUCGCAACAAGUAUUUAUAAAGCAGUGAAUAAUUUAUAUCCCAACGAGCUUAAUACUAUUUUUGAACCUACCUCGCAAGUCCACUCUCACAAUCUUAGAGGUAGUUCGCACAGUAUGUUCACCCCUAGACCCAGAACGGAGGCUGGUAAAAGGAGCUUCGGGUACCGUGGGGCUGUGUUAUGGAACGAUCUUCUGGAUGAAAUAAGAAGUCAGGCUUCAAUAUAUCUUUUCAAAAAUAAACUUUCUAACUUUCAAAUUUAAUACUAAGAUUAAGUAGUUGUAAAUAUGAUAGGAUUGUAUAUAUAUUUAACUAAUUUCUUUUGUUUUUGUAUUUUUACAUGGCUCCUUGGAAGAGCACUUUAGUGAAAGGACACCAUGUUACCUAUUUAUGUAUUUUUUAAUAAAGCUUCAUUGAUUGAUUGAUUGAUUGAGUGAGCUUUUAGAAUACAGGCGUUAAACUCUUCUUUUUAUAUGGCAUAUUUUUCUUUUCCUGCAGGCGUUCUUUCCUCACGCUUUUGCUGUGCAAAUUAAAUAACGGCAUGAUUUCUCCUUCCGCAUUCCCACCAUCCUUCUCACCCACACACCACCCACAUCACAGCAACUCCUCUUUACGUCAUGACACCUCCAAGAAAAAAGAGGGUACCUCCAAAGCAACCCCAGGUUCCCAAGUCAAGACGUCUGAGUCAAGCAAACCUUCGUCAUGUGCGGAAAGUACAAACAAGACCAAGACAGAUUCUUCGAGGGUUCACAAAAAAAAUCUCUUCAUACCACUUCAGGUUUGUACACUGAUCGCAAUACUAUGGAUGGAUAGUGCAUCUGGUAGAAUCUUCAUGCUCCGUUCUCGUACCCAGAGCCCGUCUCACGCUCGGUCAACGCCGCGCUGCAGGUCCUGGACACGAGAAUAGUUUCGCCUACAGUACAAUUGGGUAUAAGGAACACUGCGGUCAAACGUCCGCAGUUUUUUUUUUUUUUGGGGGGGGGGCACCCGAUGAGUGUAGUUUAAGGGCCCAGUUACACGAUACCGGAUUCGUAUCGGAGCGACAUCAAUUUAAGGUGUUUUCCAGUCUUGUCUUCACUUAUAACUUUUCAUAUUAAUUUUGAAGUUUUUGUUUAAAUAUGUUAUAUUAUCAUAAUUUUAAAGUGCCAAAUUCACCUCGAAGCAGUAAAAUUUGAUGUCGCUACGAUGCGAAUCCGGUAUCGUGUAACUGGGGCCUUAGAUUCGUCCAAUUCCGACGAAUUGAACACAAUUGAACACAUUGUGUUCACACCGUUAAAAAUUGAUCUUGGUCUAGGUGUCGCUCAAGAUAAAGGAGGUAAUAAAUACCUCGCCAACUAAAACAUCUAAAGACACAGACACCCAGGAACCAAAGAAAUUCGAAACCCAGGAACCAAAGAAACCCCAAACCCAGGAACCAAAGAAACCCCAAACCCAGGAACCAACGAAACCUGAAACCCAGGAACCAAUCAAGACCCAAACCCAGGAACCAACCAAGGCCCAAGAAACCCAGGAACCAACGAAUACCCAAGAAACAGUCAAGCAUGAAGAGAAAGACACUUCAACGACAACAAUACCAAACGCAAAUGAUCUUUCAAAGAAUGAUAGGACAUCGAUGAAAGGUAAUGCAGAAACCUCGACAGGAAGAAAAGCAAAGCCAAUAUUACUGGCCCCAAGUUUUUUUACACAAAAAGAAAACGAAAAAGAAAAAGUGUAAUUUUAUAUUGUACAAAGAAAGGUAACUUGGAACAAUGGCCUGUCAUCUAUACCAGGAAAGUAGGCAUGGGAUUAAUUUGUUGUCGUCAUUUUUAUUUGUUUAUUAUUGUUAGAUGAGGGCUCGGUUGUUCGAAGCACGAUUUGCGCUAACCCUGCGUUAAAUUUAACCCAUUGCUUAAUUGCUUUGGUUUAC